AUGACAGAAGCACAACCGGAGCAAUUCAGGGCGCAAUCGCACGCCUUCAACCAGGCGCUUCCCAAAUCCACCGACGAGUCGCACGGCACCGACUCCAAAGCACCUUUACCCAAGGGUGUCGUCCUAGACAAGGAUGGCAAGCCUUGUCGGACCUGUACCUCGGUAGCCUCAUGGCGCGCGCUCACAAAACAAGCCCAACAAUCCUCCUCCUCCUCCAAAACAGACUCCUCGACAUCCUCCGCCACGCAAUCAAUGCCGGCCACAGCCGCCAGAUCUACACCGCAACCCACAGAGUUGCCGGCGGAUUGUCCGCCGGAUGUGGAACAACUCGGCCGCUCGACGUGGACGCUCCUCCACACGAUGGCGGCCACAUAUCCGGAGAAGGCCUCGGCGCAACACCAAGAGGACAUGCAGGGGUUUCUCAAGUUCUUCUCAAAAUUAUAUCCGUGCUGGGUGUGUGCAGAUGAUUUCCGAGCGUGGAUGGCACACCCGAGUGGUCGGAAUCAGCCGAAGCUGAGCGGGCGCAAGGAAUUCGGAUGGUGGAUGUGCGAGGCCCAUAACGAGGUGAACCGCAAGCUGGGGAAGAAGGAGUUUGAUUGUCGAUUGUGGGAAGAGAGAUGGAGGACGGGUUGGAAGGAUGGCCGAUGCGACUGA